CCUGGGGAGAUUUCCCCUGGAUGUUUGGGUUACUGAUGUCUUCCCGAGCUGCAGAACGAUGGGAUCCAGAUUCCGACCGACAGCGACUCUUCCUGUCCUUGGUUUGCUCCAGAUCAUCCCUUGGGACACAGGCCAGUACAUAAUUCCUCCUGACAAUCCAGUCAUCGGAAUCGUUGGGAACGGAGCUGUCCUGCCCUGUCAGGUGGAAGGCAAAAAUCCGGAGAAACUUUCCAUCCAGUGGAUCCUCAAGGGAAGCUCCACAGAACAUGGUGUGGCCGCUUUUGAUGGGGAAAACCCUCACAAUCCAUUUCUGGAGUUUGAGGCUUAUCGGGGCAGGACAGACUUCUUCCCAUGGAAAUUCCACCAAGGAAAUUUGUCCCUACUUCUGAAAAACGUCCGGCCCUCUGACAAAGGGAAAUACACCUGCAUCGUCUUCCUCGAGAACUGGUACAAAGAGGUGGUGGUGGAACUGGAUGUGGCAGCUCAAGGUACUGAACUCUCAGUUUUCCUGGAAGGACACUCUGGGAAUGGCAUCAGCCUCUCCUGCAGAUCCCAGGGAUGGUUCCCAGCACCCUCCGUGGUUUGGCUGGACAGUCAAGGACAGACCCGGACAGAGGAAGUGACCACUCUGAGCACUCCAGGCUCCUCUCCCGGUGUCUUUGGUGUUGUCAGUUCCAUGAGCCUGGAGCCGGGAUCCGACCGGGAAGUGUCCUGCAGGGUGGUCAAUGAGGUGCUCAAUGCCACAUGGGAAUCCCGAGUGCGGAUUGCAGAUUCCUUCUUCCCUUCCCCUUCCCCUUGGAUGUUUGCUUCCUUUGCAGUUUUAAGUCUGGAUUUGGGAAUUAUUGGGGCUGUGGUUUACAAAAUGAUACGUGAGUAUUGCCACAGGUGAUGGGGAGCUUCUAAUUUAAAUUCAAAUAAAUACUGUGAAUGAAAACAUUGAUUGAAAUUAAUUACAUUACCU